AUGUCGUUCGACGCGUGGCCAUUUUCAGUCACCUCCAAUUACGGAGGCUUCGUUGAGGCCUUGGAUGUAGCAUGGUCAUCAUUCGCAUUGCACUCCAUUCGCACCCUUGAGAUCGGCGUCGCCGCGCCAUACACUGCCCAGCAAUGGUAUGCCAUCCUUUCUCGCUUCGCACAGCUCGAAACACUCGCCAUCGUGAAGACCGACCAGUCGUUCGCCCGUGGCGCCUUCGCUAAGAAUUUGGGAAUGGGUUCAAACAAUGUUAUCUUGCUCCCGAAGUUGACUAGUCUCACCAUCGACACAGUCAAAUUUCGCGACUUCGCACAGAUCACGCGGGAGGAGCGGAGAAGAGCUCCGGGGAUGGGGCUGGAGGAGUUCCUCGACAUGCUCACUUAUAGAUCUCAGCAGGGAUCUCCUUUGAUGACUCUUGUUAUAAAGGACUUGAACCCUCGCGAAACUCGUCCGAGCGAUAUGGACAGCUUUUUCCAUAGGUUGGAUCAUAUCGUCGCCGAGCGCCGUGUGGGCGUCUACAUCGAUCAGUUCGCAUCGGACCACGGUAGAUGGAGAGACGAGGAAGACGAGGACGGCGAGGAAGAAGACGAAACCGGGGAAGACGAAGAUGAGGAAGAUGAGGAAGACGAGGAUGCCGAGGAUGCCGAGGGUGACGAGGAUGAUGCCGAAGAGGAUGCCGAGGAUGACGAAGAUGCUAUUCCGCUCUGA